AUGAGCUCCGAUCCGUCGGCGGCUGGAGACGGCGGCGAACAAGCCGCUGCGGGAACGAGCGCUGUGCCAUCACCGUCUUACGACAAACAGAAGGAGAAGGCGCGUGUGAGUAGAACAUCUCUGAUUCUCUGGCACGCGCACCAAAACGACUCGACUGCAGUUCGGAAACUCCUGGAGGAAGAUCCGUCUCUGGUUCACGCCAGAGACUAUGACAAGCGAACGCCUCUCCACGUGGCGUCGCUUCACGGAUGGAUCGAGGUCGUGAAAUGCCUGCUCGAGUUUGGCGCUGAUGUCAACGCUCAGGAUAGGUGGAAGAACACGCCUCUGGCUGAUGCAGAGGGAGCUAGGAAGAUGAAAAUGAUCGAACUACUGAAAUCUCAUGGUGGUUUAUCUUAUGGUCAAAACGGAAGUCACUUCGAGCCAAAGCCUGUGCCACCACCAAUUCCAAAGAAAUGUGACUGGGAAAUUGAACCUGCUGAGCUGGAUUUCUCAAAUGCUGCUAUGAUUGGAAAGGGCUCAUUUGGUGAGAUUGUGAAAGCUUACUGGAGAGGAACACCAGUAGCUGUGAAACGUAUUCUUCCGUCUCUGUCAGAUGAUAGACUGGUUAUUCAGGACUUCAGGCAUGAGGUUGAUUUGCUAGUUAAGCUUCGGCAUCCGAAUAUAGUGCAAUUCUUAGGAGCCGUAACCGAAAGAAAGCCUCUUAUGUUAAUCACCGAAUACUUACGCGGGGGAGAUCUUCAUCAGUACCUCAAGGAGAAGGGUGGUCUUACUCCAGCCACAGCUGUCAACUUUGCGUUGGAUAUCGCCAGAGGAAUGACAUAUCUUCACAAUGAACCUAAUGUUAUCAUUCACCGAGAUCUUAAACCAAGGAACGUUCUUCUGGUGAAUUCAAGUGCAGACCACUUGAAAGUUGGAGACUUUGGGCUAAGUAAGCUCAUAAAGGUUCAAAACUCUCAUGAUGUCUACAAAAUGACUGGCGAAACCGGAAGCUACCGGUAUAUGGCUCCUGAAGUAUUCAGGCAUAGAAGAUACGACAAGAAAGUCGAUGUCUUCUCCUUUGCAAUGAUCCUUUACGAGAUGCUUGAAGGAGAGCCACCAUUUGCGAACCACGAGCCAUAUGAAGCAGCCAAACAUGUAUCAGAUGGACACAGACCUACAUUCCGUUCCAAAGGAUGCACACCGGAUUUAAGAGAGUUAAUCGUGAAAUGCUGGGAUGCAGACAUGAACCAGAGACCCUCUUUCCUGGACAUCCUCAAGAGACUUGAAAAGAUUAAGGAAACUCUACCAUCAGAUCACCAUUGGGGCUUAUUCACUUCAUAA